CAGUAGAAGAUGACUCGCGUCGAACACAUGCGACGAAGUUGGAUCAUUAAUAUUUGACUAUCUAUUGGUUAUUUCGAUGCGUCAACGCAAUCUGUCGCUUGACCCAAUGUGUCUUCUCGCACCCCGAAGUUGUUCUUAGACAGGCACUGGUGGAGUGAUUAUCAGAAGCUGAUAAAUGCCACCAUGUGUGGGGUUUACAUGGCUGGGCCCGCCGAAGCUGAUCAUUUGAUUCACCCUGGCAGAUGCAUAGCCUCGUGUUCGGGUCACGCUGAUGCAUUAUAUCUCAUAUUUGAUAUCACGCAUCCUUCUUAUACCCUGCUCCAGCCCAUCGCAUUCACACUCUAAUCCUUGUCCACGAUGUCCAAACCACCACAUCCCUGGUGGAAAUCUGCAACCGUCUAUCAGAUUUAUCCAUCAUCAUUCCUCGACGCGAAUGGUGAUGGGACUGGCGAUCUCGCAGGCAUCAUCGCCAAACUUGACUAUCUCCAAGAUCUUGGUGUGGACGUUAUAUGGCUUAGCCCGAUCUAUCGUAGCCCAUUGGCUGAUAUGGGCUAUGACAUCUCGGAUUAUGAGGAUAUCGAUUCGCGCUAUGGCACGCUUGAAGACUGGGACCGCCUUCUCGAGGGUGCACACGAACGGGGAAUGAAACUCAUGAUGGAUCUGGUGGUGAAUCAUACAU